AUCCUGCCUGAGAGGCGGUGGGAGGAGGAGGAGCGCAGGUCGGUGGGGAGCAACGGCUCCGGAUCGGUGUCCAGCAGACAAACACGGCGCUCCACGGCAGCAGAACUGUUGCCCAGAGGCAGAAGAUGAGUGGAGCCCUUCAGAACAACAAGCCAAGCAACACGGCAAUGAACCUGAUUGCAAACGAGCGCACAGAGAUGUGGGGGGGUGGGAGUAACUUCAUAGCUGGCGUCUUCAUCCAGGCAAAGAACAAGAAGCUGAGCAUCUACGAUGCCAUGAUCAGGGGGGUCCUGACGCCGGGCACAGCCCUGGUGCUGCUGGAGGCACAGGCUGCGUCGGGGUUCCUCACCGACCCCAUGAGCAAGGCAAAGCUGUCAGUGAAAGAGGCGCUGAGCACGGGACUCAUCGGCAGAGAUUUCUAUGAGAAGCUGCUGUCAGCAGAGGGAGCCGUGACCGGGUACACGGAGCCGUACACGGGACACAAGAUCUCCCUCUUCCAGGCCAUGCAGAAGGAGUUCAUCGUGAAGGAACAUGCCAUCCGCCUGCUGGAGGCCCAGAUCGCCACCGGCGGCAUCAUCGACCCCACCAACAGCGAGCGUCUCCCUGUGGAGGUGGCCCACCAGCGUGGCUACUUUGACCAGGAGAUGUGCCAGUUCCUUCUGAACCCUAAGAACCAAACCAGAAGUUGUUUCGACCCCAACACGCAUGAAAAUCUCACUUACACGCAGCUCCUGCGCCGCUGCGUGCCCGACCCCGACACGGGGCUGCUCAUGCUCCACGUGAUGGACAAGGGCUCGGUGCUCUUCCAGCUCAACAAGGAUGCCCGCAAAGCCCUGCAGGCCGCCUGCACCACCGUCAGCGUGGGGCUCUUCCAGGGCUCUUCCAGCGUCACCGUCUGGGAGCUCCUCUUCUCUCGCUACGUCUCUGAUCACCAGAGAGAGGAGCUGCUGAGGAAAUACAAAGUGGGGACAGUGACCAUCCCAGAGAUGAUCAUCAUUCUCACCAGCAUCAUCACCAGGGUGGAAACGGGAAAUGGAGAUCUGAGCUCAUCCACAGCAACAGCCAACAGUGAGAUAGGAGAGUCACAGCCGGUGCAGGACACGCGCUCCCAGGAGCAGCAGUUGAGGAAGUCUUUAAAGUCUGCAACCGUCUACGUUACUGCUGGUGAGUUCCAGGGGCAAAAUGUCUCCUUGCUGGAUCUCCUCUUUUCCACAUACAUCCCUCAGGAGAAGAGGCAGGAGCUGCUGGAGCUGUACAGGGCAGGGAUACUGAGCACAGAACAGGUGGCUGCUGCCGUCAGCGCCAUCAUAAACAAAACAGAAGCUGCAAAUAUCACACCCACGGCAAAUGCUGGGAAUCCACAGAAAGCAGUGUCAAGGACAGAGGAAAAUGGAGACGGUUGUUCAGCACAAGAUAAUGUCUUGAAGUCUACCACCAUUGACAUCCCAGCCGGUGAGUUCUCUGUGUGGGACUUGCUCUUCUCCGACUACAUCCCUGAGGACAAAAGGCAGGAGCUCCUGGAGCUGUACCGUGGAGGGAUAUUAACCCUGGAGCAGGUGGUAACUGUUGUCAGCACUCUCAUUAAGAAAAAAGAAUCUACAGGCAGGAAGUUCCAAAUUACAGUGAAGCAUUCCAGCAAGGACACUGCUCCAGCGGCCAGAGAGAAGGAUGACGAGUCCUCCAAAGAAGAACCAUGGGAAACAGCCUUGAAAACCACAGCUGUCGACAUGGAGGUUGGGGAGUUUCGGGGCCACAAGGUCUCUGUGUGGGACCUGCUCCACUCCAAGUACAUCCCUGCAGAGAACAGAAAGGAGCUGCUCGAGCUGUACCAGGCAGGAGAGUUAACCCUUGAGCAGGUGAAAACCGUUGUCAGCACCAUUGUGGCCAAGACAGAAGCUGCAAAGGCAGAGCACUCAGCACGUGUGAGCAGUCCAAGGGCAGAAACAGCCAUCACAGAAGCGGAGCACACCCAUCACCUGCAGGAGGACAGGGCCUGGGAGGAAACCUUGAAGUCCACCACAGUGGAGAUGGCAGUGGAUGAGUUCCAGGGGAGACGAGUCUCCGUGUGGGACCUGCUGACCUCUGACUGCCUCCAUGAGGACAAAAGGCAGGAGCUCCUGGAGCUGUACCGUGACGGGACACUGCCCUUGGAGCGGUUAAUAACUGUUGUCACCACUCUCAUUAAGAAAAAAGAAUCUACAGGCAGGAAAUUCCAAAUUACAGUGAAGCAUUCCAGCAAGGACACUGCUCCAGCGGCCAGAGAGAAGGGUGAUGAGUCCUCCAAAGAAGAACCAUGGGAAACAACCUUGAAAACCACAGUUGUCGACAUGGAGGUUGGGGAGUUUCGGGGCCACAAGGUCUCUGUGUGGGACCUGCUCCACUCCAAGUACAUCCCUGCAGAGAACAGAAAGGAGCUGCUCGAGCUGUACCAGGCAGGAGAGUUAACCCUUGAGCAGGUGAAAACCGUUGUCAGCACCAUUGUGGCCAAGACAGAAGCUGCAAAGGCAGAGCACUCAGCACAUGUCAGAGGUCCAAGGGCAGAAACAGCCAUCACAGAAGCGGAGCACACCCAUCACCUGCAGGAGGACAGGGCCUGGGAGGAAACCUUGAAGUCCACCACAGUGGAGAUGGCAGUGGAUGAGUUCCAGGGGAGACGAGUCUCCGUGUGGGACCUGCUCUCCUCUGACUGCCUCGCUGAGGACAAAAGGCAGGAGCUCCUGGCGCUGUACCGUGACGGCACGCUCACCACUGAGGAACUCGUCAGGGCUAUCAGCAGCACUGUGACACUCAGCAGAGAAAGAUAUCUCACAGCCCUGCCCCAGCAGACAAUGGAUCUCCUCCAGUCUGAAGGCUCUUACAUUACCUUUGGGCAGUUCCAGGAGCAGAGGGUGUCGGUGUGGGAGCUCCUCUCCACCAAGCAGGUCUCCGAGUACAAACGAGAAGCGUGCCUCGACAUUUACGGCACGGGAGGGCUGACUGUGAACAAGAUCACCAUCACUACCACUGUUGUCACGGGCACGCAGGGAAAGAAGAGGCAGCACCAGGACCCCUAGCACCACCCACCCCAGAGGAGGAGAGAGCUCUGCCUCAUGCGGAAAAUACCACCUGGGCGCUGGUGAGGGUUGGCUCUCCAUAAAGCACAAUUACAGGCAGGGAACAGUGGUGUUGAAGGGGUGUGCCUGGUUAAACUCCCUCCUGUCUCAA